GCCAAGUAAUUUUGUGUAUUUCAGAAUUCUAGAUAAAAUGAAGUACAUGAGUUCUAGAGGAGCAGAGAAAGGUUUAUCCUUUCAAAAAGUUCUCUUCUCAGGCUAUGCAAAGGAUGGAGGUUUGUAUUUCCCUGAGAGUGUCCCUGCUCUACCCCCAGGACUGAUCAGCUCCUGGUCUACUCUAUCCUACCCUGAUCUAGUUAAACAAAUUAUGAAACUAUUCAUCCAUCAAGACGAGAUUCCGUCGCUGGAGUUAGAUAAGCUGAUUGAGAAUGCCUUCAUUAGUUUCCGGGAUCCCACAACUCCAAUACAGAUUGCUAGAUUGAAAAAUAAUAUUGCUGUCGCAGAACUCUUUCAUGGACCAACUCUAGCCUUUAAGGACCUUGCCUUAUGUGUGGUUGGUCAGCUUUAUGAAUAUUUCCUAGCUAGAGCGCAGAAGCAUAUGACUGUUCUGAUUGGAACAUCUGGCGAUACAGGUAGUGCAGCUAUCAGUGCAGUACGAGGCCUGGAGUGGGUCGAUGUUGUUGUUCUUCUACCCAAGGGUCGAUGUACCAUGAUCCAGGAACUACAAAUGACCACAGUUCUUGAGGAUAAUGUUCACAACUUUUGUGUAGACGGAACCUCUGAUGAUCUUGAUGUUCCAAUCAAAGCUGUGUUUGCUGAUGCUGAUUAUGUGGAGAAACAUAAUCUUUGUUCUAUCAAUAGUAUAAACUGGGCACGGAUCUUGGUUCAGAUCAGUCACUACUUCUACUGUUACUACCAGAUGGUUGAGAAACCAGGAGAUAGGGUGGAGAUCAUUAUUCCAACUGGAGCUUGUGGAAAUAUUGCAGCUGGAUAUGUUGCUCGGGAGAUGGGGUUGCCAGUAGAUCUGGUUGCCGCAGUUACUCCUAAUGAUAUAGUUCACAGAACUCUACAGACUGGAGAUUUUUCACUCAGUGAGGAGGUCCUGCAGUCCUGGGCAACAGCUAUGGAUAUUCAGGUUCCAUAUAAUGUGGAGAGAAUGAUACUAAUGGCUUCUGGGCUUGACACCUCUAGAGUUUGUGAACUGAUGAAAAUAUUCGAAGAAUCCCAUCAGGGGUGUCAAAUACCAGAGGAUCUCCUGAACAAAAUCAGGGAUGUAGUUGUAGAUAGUAUGAUGGUUGAUAAUGAUGUUAUGAUAGAUGUUCUUGGGAGAUGUUUUACAGAAAAUGAUUAUAUCAUUUGUCCUCAUACAUCAGUUGGUGUAGCUUACGCAUACGCAAACCCUAAACCUAUUCCUCAGGUACGCAAACCCUAAACCUAUUCCUCAGGU